AUGAAGGCCAUGAAGGGGCUCAGCGUUAAUCGCAUGAUGAGUACCAUCAAGAAGCGAACGACAAAUAGCUUCAGUGGACCCGGCGAUGCGUCGGCGUCUUCGGACCCGCAGAACGAGACGCCUGAAGCCAUCGCUGCGCGUAGUGUGUUGCCUGCUGACCCGGUGUUCCAGGGUGACGAAGUCCUCUACCUCCCACCCAUAGUCGACGCCGCCGAAUCUUCCCCGGCCGCCGCCGCCGAGUGCGCGCGCGUCAUCCGUAAAUACCUGGCCAAGGACAACCAUGCCAAAGCCUCAUGGCAGUACAAUGCGAUCAUGCUGAUCCGCAUCUUGACCGACAACCCCGGCCCGACCUUCACCCGCAACAUGGACAAGAAGUUUGCCGAUACUGUCAAGGAACUCUACCGAUCUACGCGCGAUCCUAGCGUUAGGCAAAUGCUGUCGGAAACGCUGGAUACUUUUGAGGCCACCAAGAUGGACGACCAAGGUCUUGGCGAGAUUAUUUCCAUGUGGAAGAAGGAGAAGGAGCGCAGUUACAAGCAUCCUGUGGAGCUUGCGAGCAGACUGGAGGAAGCGCGGACAUCUGCCAAGCUCCUGUCUCAGGUUGUAGUCAACACUCCUCCUCAAGAGGUGAUCGACAACGACCUGAUCAAAGAAUUCGCCGACAGAUGUCAGAGCGCCUCAAGAAGCAUACAAAUGUACAUGGUGGCAGAGAACCCUUCCCCGGACAACGACACGAUGGAGCAUCUAAUCGAUACGAAUGAACAACUCCAGUCGGCACUCAAUCAGCACCAGAGAGCCGUCCUUGGCGCCCGUAAGCAGCUCGGCAUUGGUCCACGGUCAGAUAACGCAAGCCCCGUGAGUCCUCAGCCGACUGAACACCAGCAUCCGAACCCGCCGCAAGAGUGGCAGCAGGCGCAACCGUCUUCUUCCAGUUCGACACCGGCUCCUGCCCUGCCAACGAGGCCACUUGAAGGUAACGGGAAGGGAAAGGCAUCAGAGUCGUUCGCGCCGCCUCCAGGCCCUCCACCAAAAGCGCAACAGCAACGCCCGACAGAGGAUCAGGAUCCCUUUAGAGAUCCCCAGCCGGAAAACAACUACUCUUCCUCAAGCAGACCCGGAGGAUCUGGUAGCGCAGUGGAACUGCCCAGUGAGGAGCCGCGUCUAGCUUUUGAACCCUACCACCCGGGUUUCAACUCCACCCCAAGCUAUCUGGGACGGCAAGACAGUGCUCUGGGCAAGGUCACGAUGCAUGGUGCUGACGCUGCCACCACGCCUGGUCCCCUAAGCGGCAAUCCGAUCCAGACUGUCGAUCUCAGAAACCGCCAAGACACAGUCCGCGAAGACUCAGACGAUGACCUUUAUGAUUCAACCCCCAAGAGCUCCAAAAAGAAAGACCCAGUAUACAGAUAUUGA